AUGGGUGGCAAUAACAUUUAUCGAUACCAUUGUGAAUAUGACUCCGCGGCAAACCACAAAUUGAUCUUGUCAAUGUAUGUUGGGACAGAAGGAUUGAUUGAAAUUGCAGAGAAAACGCGAAAACGCUUUCCUAGCUUUGGUGGCGUGAUACUUUGGGAUGCUUACAAUAAUGGACCUAUCGAUGCUGUUUUGAAAAAUGCAUUUCGUUAUGGUAACCGAUGUGAUGGUAACUUUAACUAUCCAUUGUGA